UACCAGGAACAAACUGGAGGCUUAACCGCCAACUUGGGUUACAACGUGUAAACGUGGGUUAUAAGACCACCCACUACCCUACUAUCAGCAUGCCUUUUCAUCAAUCUCACCUCCUCCAUGCACACGUUUCUCAAAUGCCUUCUUCCAUUUCCAUUUCUUCUUCAACCUUCGUUCUCCUCUUCUUCUCCUUCUCCCUGGUUUCAAUCUUACCUCCCCUAAUCCUCUCUGCUUCUGUUGUUGAAGAUCUCAAUAACUUACACCCACCUUCAGACUUCAACUCAACCAUCAACAACAACUGUCUCAACAACCCUUCUCUCAGGUACUGCAAUUCUUCCUCUCCUUUGGACCUCAUUGAGAUCUUCAAGUCCACCAUUGUUGCCAGCCACCUCUGCAACGAGUCCAGGAAUCCCAACUGCGUAGAAACCUUCCCUAAAAUAGACCUUCACAGCCGUCCAAAGAUCGCCCCGCUUUACUUAUCCUUCACCUUCUUCUGGAAGUACUGUCCUUUAACCAUUCUGUCUAUCAAUCUCUCCAACAAUUCCAUCAAAGGCGGUUUCCCAUCUGAUGUUCUCCAAUGUUCCCAAAUCCAAGCUCUUGAUUUGAGCCACAAUGACCUCUCCGGGGAUGUCCCCAUACAAGGCUUCUCUCCCCUUACCAAUCUCACUCUUCUUAAUUUAUCAUACAAUCACUUUUCAGAGAGUAGGAUCUCUGAUUCCCAGUUCUUCAAACGUUUUAAUUCUUCGAGUUUUCUUCGUUCAGGCCUUGUCCCGGAUCACCAGGGAUUCACGAUCAAGGUGGUGGUGUUCUUGUUUGGUUUUCCUAUGUUUGUGAUUCUGAUGGUGGGCUGCUUGGGGUGGAUGUGCAUCCGGCGUCCAGAUUUUCUACCAGCAGUUCUCCGAGGAGGAAAACACAAGUUCACACCAGCAAUGCUGGAGGCAGCAACGGGUGGUUUCUCGAGAAACAAUUUGGUGGGGAAGAGUGAGGGGGUUGACAUUUAUAGAGGAAGUGUGAGAGACAGCAGUCAAGUGAGGAUUGAGAUAUACAGGGACGAGAUCUCAGGUGAAGGCCGCAGGAGGUUUGCAGAAGAGUGUAAGGUUCUGGUUCAGUUAUGCCACAAGAACAUAGUUCAAGUAGUGGGGUGGUGUGACAACAGGAGAUUAAGGGCCAUUGUCACUGAAUGGACCGAGGGAGAGAAUGUUGAAAUAUGGGUAGCAAGGUCAGCCCCACCAUGGAAGCAGAGGCUGAAGAUUUUGAUGGGGGUUUUGGAAGCUAUGCGUUAUCUGCAGGAACAAUGGCCUCAAGUUGGGUAUGAUCUCAGGACAUGUAGCAUAUUGCUGUCGAAGAAUCGACAGCCAUUGAUUUCAAGGUUUAGGAUUGGAGAUCAAAUCAGCAACACAAGAAAGAUUUACAAGUUUGGGACGUUGGUGUUGGAGAUGGUAACAAACAAGAGGCCGCGAGAAGAGUUUGAGCGGGGUGAAGCGGAAUUUAUAGAAUGGAUUAGAAUGCAUCAUCCUGGAAAGGUGCACAAGGUGAUAGAUGAAAGAAUGAAAAAGACAGGCAAUACAGUUGAUCAGGCUACUCAGGGAAUAGGCAUAGGAUUAAUGUGCGCAGACCUCUCAAGGGGAUGGCACCCGAGCUUCGAUCUGAUCUACAGAAUGAUGUGUAAACUCUCUGAUUCAUGUCAAGUUCCAGCAUCUCCUGACCAUAAGAGAUCUCAUGGAGACAGAGGUGAAGGACAUAGGCGCAAUCAAUCAAGAUGAACCGGCCAAACAAGCGUUAGCCGCAUGAACUUGAGUACAUGUAAAGAUAAGAACAAUUCAGAAAAGCAGUCAUCCUAACGAAGAGAGUGGUAUUCUACUCUCACACGCUUUAUCAUCCCUGUUUGUGUAGCUGUUUCAGAGCAAACAUUAGAAUUGCCUUUAUCAGACUUGUAUUGAGUGAAAAAUAUUGCCUUAUCCUAUUUGUUUGUUAAUUUCCCCUAAAGUAAGGAAGGGAGAGAUGGGAGGAAACCGAGGAAGAGUUGGUUGUUGGCUUCCUAACUAGACAAAAGCUUCAGCAACAUCAACUAAUAGGUAGUGUUUUUGCGCUGGUGAAAGACGAACUGAAAUCUAACUCACUCAGGAUCUACAAAAGCAUUCAACUUCUAAAUAUGCUAAAAUUCAUCAACAUUUUUCUG